UGAGGCUGUCCGCCCAGAGUGCCCGCCCCCUCCCUCCGGUGCAGGUGCUGAACGCUGCCCCCCCCCAAGCUCGUCCUAACCCCAGGGCCCUGAGCCCGCAGCCGCCCCCAGGGGAGAGCAGUUUGUUGGGGUGUGUGGACGCAGGCGGGCGGCUGCAGCAGGCAGGCGGUGGGUGAGGCAGGACGGGGCGCGGUGCUGCCAGGUCUCGGCGAGGUGGGAGACCCCUCCUGCUGCUGGCACCCUCGAGGUCAGUGCAAGCUCAGCAGUGGUGCCAGGCUGUCCGAGGCCCAGCGGUCUGAGCCGCCCGCACGCGCUGAGCGCAGGCCCCGCCGAGACACGGCCCCGAGCUCUGAGGCCCGGUUCUUGAUUCCUGGCUCAGGAAGCUCUGCUGUUGGGGCUUUCCUGUCCUUCCUGGCCACUCCCUGCCGGCCAAGCCGUCCGGCACCGCUGUCCCCUCCCUCCCACACCCCGUGAGCAUUGUGAAUCCUGGGGAGGCUGUGGCCUCGGGACGGGGCUGUGCGCCCCUCCCGGCCCCUCCUCUGUGACCCCGGGGUCAUUUGCUGAGUGUGGGCUGGAAAUGCCUCUUACAAAAGCAGCACCAGGGCCCCCCCAUGAAGACCCGCGUGGCUGAUGGUGUCACGGGGUUCGUGAAACCGCAUCCUGCCAGGAUGAGGGCCUGGACACACGGGCCUGCGGCGACGGGCGGUGAUCGGGGCUGUGGCCGCUGCGGGUGGGUCUCCUCCUUGGGGGCGAGCGGGUCUGUCAGCACAGCGACCUACAAUCACGACUGUGGAAAGUCUCACUGUGCCGGGAGCUGCUGGAAACCCCAGGCCGAGGCCAAGGCGAUAUUCCUGGGGGGUCUGGGGCUGUGUCCCUUGUCCUGGGACCCACGAUUGCUGUCAGUGAAGGGAGACCACAGCCCCCCGUUUCUACCCCGAGCCUGCAAGGCUGUGAUGACGGGAGAUACAGAGUGUGGAUUGUGGGGUCACCAGGAUACGUUCAUCAUGCCUGGCCUGGCCCCCAGUUCCUAGCUCACAGCCCCCCGCCCCAGGCCCCGGAAUUCCCUCCCUGUUGGGACUAAAGAGGUGUCUCUUGUGUGCGUGUGUGACUUGGGCAAACAUGUACGGAGGGGCCAGGGAAACCACAGAACACUCCACCAUGUACGGUGGCCAGGGAAACCACAGAACACAGAACAGAGAGUGGGAACUGCAGUCACGCCCCAUCCUGGGGAAGUGCGGCUGGAGGCAGAGUUCACCGUCGGGGGUCAGUGAGUCCAGGCUGUGUCCAUGUAGGAAGCCCCACAACAUCCCCAGGAGGGGUUCAGAGCUCCGGCCAGGGGCACACACGGAGGUCUGGAGAGAUGGCCCUGGAGGGCGCGGGUGCCCCUGCCCUGCCCCAGGCCUGGCCCUGCACACCUCUCCCGCCCGCUGCUGCUGAGCGAAGCCCUCCGUGUGCACCAGGGGCCAGCAAGGGUCCGUGGGCCCAUGAGGACGCAGCUGUCCUGUUCCACAGCCUGCCCGUCCCGCAGAAGCUCAGGUGGCGCCUGGAAGGGAGGAGGGGCGUGGGGUCCUCUGAUGGGCCCAGGUGACCCCCAGAGCAGGACCGAGGUACAGGGUGGCCUUGGGGGACGUGCCUUGUGUGCGGACACCGGUGGGCAGGUCAGAACCGAGGGGACUCUCAGGACCCCUGGGGCUCAUUCCCGGGCUGCGGGCCUGGCCGGUGCCGCCCGCUCCCCCAGGAGGGUGGGUGUGGCUGAGCCCACGUCCCCCGCCCCGGGCCCGCGUUUCCAUUUGAUGUGAGUCCGCCGUGUCCAGUAAGGGAUUUCCUCCUCAUAUUGGCAGUUUCGCAACCGGGACACUCCUACAUGAGGACAGAAAAUGGAAUGAAGGGGAGGGUGACCGGGGCGGGUGGACGUGUGUCCCCUGGGCGUGACACUGCCCGGGUGAGCGGCCAGGUGCGGUCUCUGGACCUGCGAGUGACCCUCUGGUGCCGCGAGCAGGUGUUUGCAGUCUCCUUAGAAGUGAUUGGGCGCCGCGGCCUGAGGGUGGAGCUGGCCCCAGGAGGCCCCGGGGCAGAGGCAGAGUCCCGGCAGCACACACAAGGCUGUGAAGCGCCGUGGACGCAAGCACUGGAAGGCUUGGGCCAGGCCAUGUCUUCAUAUGUGGCGACAUCAUCCCUGGGUAUGCUGACCUCAUUGCUCUGUAUGUUGAUGUCAUCAAUCUACACAGUGACGUUGUUGCUCUGUGUAAUGACGUCAUAACCUUGCAUGGCGAUGAUGCCGUUGUUCUGCAUGGCGACGGUCCUCACUCUGCAUGGUGAUGUCAUCACCCUGCGUGAUGAUGUCAUCACCCCGGGCGGUGAUGUCACCGGUGUCUGUGUAAGCCUGGACCCCGUCGUGGGCUGACACUUCUCCCGACUGCGUGCCGCGCCCGGCUGCCCUGCUUCUGAGUCCACCGGCGCCGCGAAGGCCUUGCCCACGGGGAGCUGGAGUCGCGGUCUUGGGGGGGCAUAUUCAGGGGCCUGGCUUCUAAAGUCGUUUAGGGAGAGGGCUGCUCGGGGCUGGCCUGCCCCGCCGGGAGCUUGCUGUGGCCCCAGCAGCUCUGGGACUGGAUCUGGUGGCGUCUCCACGAAGGAGGCCAUGCUUCUGUUCAUCCAUUCAGCCCACAGACCCCAGUGUGUCCUGCAGAGUCUGUCCACGUGGCCCUGGGGCAGAAGGGGCGUCUCGCAAGGGACUGAGAAACAGGCCAUGGUGGCCAGAGCCGGGCCAUGGAGCCAGAACUCGGUGCGGCCGCGAGCCUGGGUGGGUCUAGUUAAAAAUGGCCAGUGGGCAAGUGGGAGUCGAGGGGCUGAGCUUGAGCUUUGGAUGUGAAAGGAAUCUGCAGACACAACUGUGACCGAUGGCCCGGGCUGGCUUCCCAGAGUGGGGGCUCCGCCAGGACAGCGAAGCCCCUGGGGCUGCCCCCUCCCCAGCCCCCAAGAUCCUGAGCCUCUGCAGGUAUUUCCACGGGAAGCUGCUGCCAGGACGGGUUCAUCCUGACACUGGGAUGGUGUACUGAGCAGCCUGGCUCCGGGUGGGAGGGGCCCGGCUCAGCCGCCACCCGCCUUAGAGCAGCAGGCAGCUUAGAGCCUGCUGGCAGCGGGUGCAGCAGCGGCUGCUGGGGGCUCUCUAGUCCGACUGGGAGCAGAGCUGGCCCAGCACCCCAGAGGGCGUGGCUCCGGGCAGCCUAUGCCUGAGCCAGGAAGUCCCGAGGGGCCGCUCUCCCUGCCUGAUCCCGUGUGGCAAUAACAAGAGGGAGCAGCAAAACAUGGGAGGCGGAAGAGAAGGGGCAGAGAAACCCGAUCUGCUGGGAGGGAGCUGAGACGAGCCUCCCGGAGCACCUGCCUGGGCCACACAGAGCCCUGCCGAGCCAGCUGACGGAGGCUGUCAGCAUGGGGAGAAGGCUCCAGGCGCAAGAUGAGGCCAGCCCCCAGGUGCACCCCUGCAGCAGGCGGAGUUCGGGGAGCUGAGCCCCAGCGGGCCCUGGGCGCAGGGCGGGACCCGUGGACCAGCUGGAGCGUGCCCGUCCCGGAGGCAUGCCGGCCCCCACGCGCUACCUCUUCGCGGUCCCUGUCUCCUGCAUGAUCCUGCUCAUCGCCUUCUACGUGUUCAGCUUCGGGAGGGAGCAGAGCUUCCAGCUCAACAACUCGGAGUCUUUGCUCCUCACCCAAGCCUGCACGUCCUUCAUCGAAGGCAAAACCCCGUUCCUGUGGAGACGCAAGCUCAGGAUCCAAGAGCAGGCCUCCUGCCGGGACUACCUCACCCAGAGCCACUACAUCUCGGCCCCGCUGUCGCGGGAGGAGGCCGCCUUCCCGCUGGCCUACGCCAUGGUGGUGCACAAGGACUUCGGCACCUUCGAGCGGCUCUUCCGGGCCGUGUACGCGCCCCAGAACGUGUACUGCGUGCACGUGGACCAGAAGGCCGGCGCCGACUUCCAGCAGGCCGUGGAACAUCUACUGAGCUGCUUCCCCAACGCCUUCCUGGCCUCCAAGACAGAGCCGGUGGUGUACGGGGGCAUCUCGCGGCUGCAGGCCGACCUGCACUGCCUGGCGGACCUGGCGGGCUCGCGGGUGCCCUGGAGGUACGUGCUCAACACCUGCGGGCAGGACUUCCCCCUGCGGACCAACCGGGAGAUCGUGCGGUACCUGAAGGGCCUCCGAGGGCAGAACAUCACCCCGGGGGUGCUGCCCCCCGCGCACGCAGUGCCCAGGACCCGCUAUGUGCACCGGGAGCACCUGGGCCCGGAGGCCUCCUACGUGAUCAGGACCUCGGCGCUGAAGGCGCCUCCGCCCCACAACCUGACCGUCUACUUUGGCUCGGCCUACGUGGCGCUGACCAGGGCCUUCGUGGACUUCAUCCUGUACGACCAGAGGGCGGUGGACCUGCUGCAGUGGUCCCGGGACACCUUUAGCCCCGAUGAGCACUUCUGGGUGACCCUCAACCGCAUCCCAGGUAGGCGACCCGUCGGGCAGGGCCUGUGCCCGCGCUUGGCCACCCCCAGCCUGGCCCUGUGCGUCGGAAACGUGAGCCCAUGGAAUUGCUCGCCCCCAGCCCCCUGUGACUGCGGUGGAGCAGGUGUCCAGUGGGGUGCGCCGAACCUGUCACCAUGUCUCCACUGCGGUCGGGCCUGCCAGUCCCAGGCCUCAGCCCCCUGCAGCCCUCCCAGCCACCUACUCCCAGCCUCCUGCCCGCAGGAGCUGUGUACCCCCUGCCUGCUUCCUCGGAGGCCUGCACCCCAGAGCCGGCGUGUUCACAGCGUGCCACAUGAGGGGGCUUCAUCUCGUCCAUGGCCCCGAGCCCAGAGAAGCAGGGUCAUUCAUUCCUCUUGUUCCCGCUGUGUCCUCCAGGCUCGGGAAGUGGUCAGUCGCUGGACAUUAGGCCAGCAAAUGAGCCCCCGAGGUGCUGCUGUGGCUCCUGGCACCCCCAGACCGCACACUCUUACCUGUGCCACCUCACUCUGCAGCUCCCUCACCUCUAAAACACAUCAGAUAAAGUGAGAUCCUGAGGAAGCUCCUUUCUUGCCCAGCAGAACUUUUCUACCUCUCCCGAGGGACCGUCCCAGGGUUUUGAAAUGAGACCAAACCCUGGGGUUUGAUCUCUUCCCCUCCCUGCCCGCCUGCCUGAAGGAGAAACAAAAUGGGCCUGGUGGGUGUGGCUGCGCGGCUCAGCAGGGGAGGCAGCAUUGUUCUCUUCUGGGGGAUUGCCAACUGGGCACAGGGCUGCUGCGCUGGGGUGCAGGCCGUGUGCACACUGAGUUUCCUGGACCCUGGCUGGCUGGCCCGGUGGGUGGGCACCGCUGCCCGGUCCCCCUCCCCCGUCGCAACUGCGGGCCUUAACUUACCUGCCAUUUCCUGCAUAGCAUCUGGGCUUACCCGGCACUUAGACUUCAUACUUAAAUAUGUAUUCCCUUUCCAUUUUUAUUAUUGCCGGGAGGUUCGUAAAAGUGGGGAACUAGUCAGGGCUGGGUCUCCCUGGGCCAGGCUCAGUGUCCGGGAAUCGGGAAGUCAAGGGGAGGAGGUUCCGCCCUCUCCUGCACCCCCUUCCUCCCUGUCGCCACACAGGUGACACAUGAAGUGGCCUCCAACCUGGGUCUCGACCAGCCAGGGCAUGGGGAGACCAGACCAGGCCCCAGUCACUGACUCGCCUGCAGCUGAAGGCAGUGAGGGCUUCCUGGAGGAAGCGGCAGGCCACACUCACCCCUAGGGCUCCCUGCCCAGGAGGGCAGGCACGGAGUGGCCUCUGCACACAGGCAGCGCCUUUGCCUCAUGAAAGCACCGUGGGGACACGUGGCACUGAGUGUGCCAAGGGCUUCCUCGUACGCUGGCUCCUGAGCUCUGCUCAGAACCCGCAGCAGGACAGCUGCCCCCGUUCUGAAGAUGAGGCCAUCUAGGAUGAAAACAAGUGAUUUGGCCAAAGACAAAGGUCGCCGGCCACUGCCAAGAAAAAGAGUGAAAACUGUCACCUGGGGAAGCAGAGGCGGAACGUGGGUGCCCGACGCCCGCCCUCACAGGGCUGGGAGGGUCACCGCAGCAGCCGGCGGGGGUCUCUCGGGUCUGGGGCCCUGGAGAGAGUCCCCCCACCUUCUGCCGUCCACCUCUCCCCAGGACUGCUGUCUCCCGCACAUGAGCAGGGAGCCAGGUAGGGCGGGAGCGGAUCCCGACUCGGUGCGACGCCAGGAGCCCCGUCCCCAUCACAGACAGCUGGGCGGGGUGCAGGGCUG